AUGGAGAGUCCGGUCCUGCCCAACUGGCCCUGCAAAGUCAUUGUGCAUUACACGAGAGUGGAUGAUGGGGCUUGUAAAUUUGUAAUUUUGAUCUCGUUGCAGAAUGCAAACCAUAAAGGACCGCAUGGUUGCCAAAAGCUGAAAGAACGGGAACCCCGAGCUUCCAUCCGAUUCAAGUGUGCCCUCACCAACACCAUCUUAGACGUCCUUCAGCAGCGACCUGGAUGGGUGGAAGUGAAAGACGAGGGCGAGUGGGACUUCUAUUGGUGCGACGUCCGGUGGCUGCAGGAGAACUUCGACCACACCUACAUGGACGAGCACGUCCGCAUCAGCCACUUCCGCAACCAUUACGAGCUGACUCGGAAAAACUACACCGUGAAAAACCUCAAGCGCCUCCGGAAACAGCUGGAGAGGGAAUCCGGGAAGCUGGAGGCCAUGAAGUGUGACUUCUUCCCCAAGACCUUUGAGAUGCCCUCCGAGUAUCACCUGUUUGUGGAGGAGUUUCGGAAAAAUCCCGGCAUCACCUGGAUCAUGAAACCGGGCUGCAAAUGGAUGAUCCAACAGUUCCGCCUCUACCUGACGGCCAAGCAUGGGGCCGAAGCCGUGGAGAUCCUCUUCUCCGAGAUGGACAACAUUUUCAUCAAGAGCCUCCAAAGCGUCCAGAAAGUGAUCAUCAGCGACAAGCAUUGCUUCGAGCUCUACGGCUACGACAUCCUGAUCGACCAGAACCUCAAGCCGUGGUUGCUGGAGGUCAAUGCCUCUCCAUCCCUCACCGCCAGCAGCCAGGAAGACCACGACCUCAAGACACGCAUCUUGGAGGACACAUUGAACAUUGUGGACAUGGAAGGCCGUUUGACAGGGAAGGAAAAACGCAUUGGGGGCUUUGAUCUCAUGUGGAACGACGGCCCCGUCAGCAAAGAAGACACAAAUCUGGACACGCCGAUGAACGGCUUUGUGGCAAAUACACACCUAGGUUACAGCAACGACAGAAAGAAACAGCUGAAGCAACUUUUCAAGUCGUUCCAGGCGCAGCACAAGAAUUAA